GUACAGGGUCCUGCUGCCAGACAGUCCUUCCGGAUGUCCAAGUACAAAGUCUUUGUGAUGAGGCAUGGAGAAGGGGCCUGGACCAAAGAGAACCGCUUCUGCAGCUGGGUGGACCAGAGGCUGAGCGAGGACGGGGUCAAGGAGGCCCUGGCGUGUGGUCACCUCCUGAGGGAAGCAGGCUACCACCUGGAUGUAGUAUUCACCUCCCUGCUCAGCCGAUCCAUCCACACAGCCUGGCUGUUGUUGGAAGCCAUGGGGCAGGAGUGGGUCCCCGUGGUCAGGUCGUGGAGACUCAACGAGCGCCAUUACGGUGCCCUGAUCGGGCUGAAUAGAGCUCAGAUGGCCCUAAACCACGGCGAGGAGCUGGUGAAACAGUGGAGGAGGAGCUAUGACCUCACGCCGCCCCCUAUCGACGAAUCACACCCUUACUUCCUGGAGAUCUACAACGACCGGCGGUAUUCUACCUGUGACGUGUCUAAAGAGGAUCUUCCGAAGUCAGAGAGCCUGAAGGAUGUCUUAGAGAGGCUCCAGCCGUACUGGGAUGGCACCAUUGUGCCGGAGAUCAAACAGGGGAAAUCGGUGCUCAUCUCUGGGCAUGGGAAUAGCUGCAGGGCCCUGCUGAAACACCUGGAAGGUAUGCCUGGUGGCUGCUCACUGGUGUGUGUGUGUGUGUGUGCGUGUGACUUUUGCUGCAUUGCUAUUGUUCUCUUUUGUUCAUGCAGAUUUUAGUAUGAGCUGCAUGGCCACUUUCACUUGCAUUUGAAUGUUUGAAUCACCAAAGGCCCUUGUAUGGGAGUUUGCUAGGCCCUCCAUGCUUUAGACCUAGCUCGUAACUAUCAUUCACUCCCAUUUGGAUGAGAGCAAUAUACUGAAUAUUACUUCCAGAAAUGGCACACGGUUGAACUUGUACAAAAAGGCCACUAGGUUUAUGUUACAUCAGGCUACUGCCAUGAAAUCCAUAUUGACCUUUUAUCUUCUCCACAGGCUUAUAGAGACGUCGUUUUGUCGUAGCUGGCCGCCCAGUUACUUUAUAGGCCGUUAUGUAAUAGGGAUAUUAUAAAUUAUCGAUGUUAUGCAGCUGGAAGAAACUUAGCGACUGUGUAAAGAUGAUCUACAUAUAGACAUGCACUAGUCUGGUAUACAUAAUAAAGUUAUUCCCUUAUCUGUGUAUUUUGAUUUGGUUUUAAUUGGUAAUUGAGCGCUUUGAUAAGCUUACUUCAGACAGCCCAUGUACAGAAAUCAGAAAUGUUGCUGGCGCUUUACAUAACAGCAUGGGAUAAAGCUGUACUAACGGUUCUAUUAUGUUUAUGGUGAUAGUGUAAUAGUAUGGUUGUUUGCUUAUUGUGGUCCACAGAAGCAGAACACUACAACAUUCAAUAUUAUCUCUAUUAUAUCAACAGGUAUAUCAGAUGCUGAUAUCGUCAACGUGACGUUACCGACUGGGACACCCAUUCUGAUUGAGCUGGAUGAGAACUUCCGGCCCACCAAACCCAUGCAGCUCCUGGGAGACCAGGAAGCCAUCCAGGCAGCCAUCAGGAAGGUGGAGGACCAGGGUAAGGUUAAACAAACGACCUGAAUAUAGUCAACCGGAUUCUAGUCAUUCUAGAUUCUGAAUUGUAGAAUCUAGUCAACUGGAUGCUAGUUUUUCUGGAUUGUAAAAUAUAGUCAACUGGAUUCUAGUCAUUCUAAAUUCUGGAUUGUAGAAUCUAGUCAACUGGAUUCUAGUCAUUUUAGAUUCAGGAUUUUAGAAUCUAGUCAACUGGAUUCUAGUCAUUCUAGGUUCUGGAUUGUAGAAUCUAGUCAACUGGAUUCUAGUCAUUCUAGAUUCUGAAUUCUA